GGCAACACGUAUCUUUCUGACAGUUAACUACUGCCGGCAGAAGUUUAACUAGUUUUAUAUCAUAUGAAUGGUAGCCUAAAACUGUUAGUCUGUCCGUGGCAAGUUAGUCCAUUUUUAGUUAGGAUAUUAAAUGAAAUGUUUUAGAAUUUAACAGUAAGUUAACCACACUGUCCACUUUGCGUUUUUAUUAUUAUUAUUAUUGAUUUUGUUUCUAAACAAAUGUUGGCUAUGUGCUGUGUAACCGUAAGGCGGUUGACAUACAGUCCUUAAAGGAGAGGAUGAGGAGUUCUCCAACCCAGAAAGAAAAGCAGCAGAAACACCUAAGCUUGCUGUGUUGCGGAAGUCGUGACCUUCAACUUUAAUUAUACCUACUACCGAAGAAGCGCUGAAAUUAUAAUUAGGGAAGUAUAAGCAUUCGACUGUCGUGAUGAAUCGAUAUAUUUUACCUGUGUCCGUUGUGGGGACUAUUGUUGGUGGUACGGUUUUAGUCAAGGACUAUGUUGGAGGUGGAAACUGUCCAAGCAAAGCGAAGAUCACAGGAAAGACAGUAAUUAUUACAGGGGCGAAUACUGGAAUUGGUAAAGAAACGGCUCUUGAAUUAGCUCAAAGAGGUGGCCGGAUAAUUAUGGCUUGUAGAGAUAUGGAAAGGUGUGAAAAUGCAGCCAGAGAAAUUCGAGGAAAAACUUUAAGCCAUGAAGUAUAUGCCCAUUACCUUGACCUAUCAUCUUUGAAGUCUGUCCGGGAGUUUGCAAAGAAGAUAAAUGAAGAAGAGAAGUAUGUCCACAUCCUGAUUAAUAAUGCAGCUGUGAUGAGAUGUCCUUACUGGAAGACAGAAGAUGACUUUGAAAUGCAGUUUGGAGUGAAUCAUUUAGGUCAUUUUUUGCUGACAAAUCUGCUCCUUGAUAAGUUGAAAAACUCUGGGCCUAGUCGAAUCAUAAAUGUUUCCUCACUUGCUCAUAUUGCUGGAAAGAUUGACUUUGAAGAUCUGAAUUGGGAAAAGAAAAAAUAUGACACAAAAGCAGCUUACUGUCAAAGUAAACUUGCAAAUGUGCUUUUUACAUUAGAACUGAGCAAGCGACUUAAAGGUACAGAAGUUACAGUCAAUGCACUUCAUCCAGGUGUGGCCAGUACAGAACUGGGAAGACACACAGGAAUGCACACAUCUACAUUUUCAAGUACAACACUAGGUCCUAUUUUUUGGUUGUUGGUAAAAUCGCCCAAACAGGCCGCACAAACUAGUGUAUACUUGGCUGUAGCAGAAGAGCUCAGUGGAAUAUCCGGCAAGUACUUUCACCAAAUGAAGGAGAAGGAACCUGCACCACAGGCCAAGGAUGAAGAAACAGCUCGGCUUCUCUGGGAAGUCAGUGCACAGCUAGUCGGGCUGAGAGAAACCACUGUUCCUGGUAUUCAUCUUCCAAAAGAGUCUUUCAGUUAGUGUCUACAGCAUGGC